AUUGAACCAAAAUCAUCAAAUGUAUGAUUGGAAACAGAGAUCUAGGGAUGUUGCUUGGAAACAAGACAAUAACAGUUCUGUUGUUACUAAGUCUUGUAUUGUUUAAGCCAAACAAGCACAACAAUUUGAGUCCCUUUGAAAAGACAGAUCUCCCUGCAUUGUGUAGUCGUUCGCUUGCUAAAUUUGAGUCCUUUCACUUUCCUGCCUUUGUCUGAAGCCAGUGCGCAUAAAAGCAAACAUGCGGCGCUGGAAAGAUAUAUGAAGGAGUCUCCCAUUUCGGAUAGGCACACCCACAAUCUGCAUGUUUGUGGGAUGAAUGUAGCAUCAACAUUUGAUGGCGUUUGCCACCUGCUGUGUAAAAAAUCUCAACGUCUCACAACCUCAAAGCAAACAGUCUGUCUCAUAAAAACCAACCUGGAAGUACAAGGCUUCAGGAUUAUUCAGGCUGAAAGCAACGGAGAAGAAGAUGCUGAGGGUGCAAAACAGAAUGGGACGAGAUUGGAUGCUGGCUGAGGGCCGAAGCAGGGCAAGUUGUCAAUUUAUCCUGCUCUGAGGUCUUCCAGCAUUUCUCCAGCAAUCAAGGGUUUGUGUACAGAAAUUGCACUGCUGAUGGCUGGUCUGAAAUGUACCCAACUUACGAAGACGCCUGUCAUUUCAGUGAUGACAGCGAGUCUGAAUCUGAGACAAGUUACCUCCAUACGUUCAGACAGGUCUACACUGUAGGGUAUGCCACCUCACUCAUCACUCUCCUGACAGCUAUCGUGGUGUUCGCAGGUUUCAGGAAGUUUCGCUGUACCAGAAACUACAUCCACAUCAACCUGUUUUCCUCAUUCGUCUUGAGAGCCAGUGCUGUGUUCAUUAAGGACGCGGUGCUGUUUGCAGAUGAAACUCUCGACCACUGCUCCGUUUCUACGGCUGGGUGUAAGUCAGCUGUGGCUUUUUUCCAGUUCAGCAUCCUAGCCAAUUACUUUUGGUUGCUGGUGGAGGGCAUGUAUCUGCAGACCCUGCUGGCCCUCACUUUCGUCUCUCAGAGGAAAUACUUCUGGUGGUACAUUCUCAUUGGAUGGGGACUGCCAUCAAUGGUUCUCAUACUUUGGGUUCUGACCAGAUUUCUCUAUGAUGACAGAGGUUGUUGGGAUGACAAUGACAACGUUGGCAUUUGGUGGAUCAUUAAAGGACCAAUAACAGGCUCGCUGCUGGUCAACAUAGUCAUCUUCAUAAACGUUAUCCGGAUUCUGGUCCAAAAGCUUAAAUCUUCAGCCAUGGCUGGAAACAGCGACGCUGGUCACUUCAUGCGGCUGGCUAAAUCAACCCUGUUCCUCAUUCCUCUGUUUGGGAUGCACUACACUGUGUUUGCCUUCCUGCCUGAGAACACUGGAGUGGCUGCCAGGCUGUACAUUGAGCUGGGCCUGGGAUCCUUUCAGGGAUUUGUUGUGGCACUUCUUUACUGCUUCAUGAAUGGAGAGGUCCAGGCAGAGCUCCGGAAAUGGCUUUGGAGGUGUCACAAUCCAAAUCUCACUCCUGCUAAGAGAAGCAUCACUCAGGUCUCAAUUCGAACCCACGGGGGCUUGGGUUUGCCUUCGUCUAGUGCCAACAUUUCUGCUGUGUAGUUCUUGUUUGUAAAAGGAGGAAAAACAAUUCUGAAUGUGAAGAAACAAUACAAGCGUGGCAUGACGACGGCAUAACUUCAACUGUUGUUUUACAUAAGAUAUGAAAGCAGAAGAAAAACAGAGUCUAACCUGUGGAGGCGUUAUGGUGCCAUCGUGAGACAGGAAGCAACAACCGAGACAGAGCUGGCCCUGGACCGAAGAGGAUUUCAGAUGCUUGAGUUUACAGGUUGUAAAUAAAUGAAUGAGCCGAUUUGUCCACACAGCUUUAUCUUUACUCUAAUUGUUAUUUCAAUGCUAACUUUAGCCACAGGGCCAUCUUCAGUGGUGUGAAACUCAUUUUCAUUUGGGGGCCACAUCAAGAUAAUCUUAAUCAUGUGGGAGAAUGUAUAGUAUUAUAGUGUUGUCUGUAUUCAAUGAGUACUUCUAAAAAUGUUAUCAUACUUAAUAGUCUUUAUCAUUGAAGUAAUUUGGGACUUUACAAAUGAAGCAGAUUUGAUUUGAGUGAUACAAUAAUAUUUAAGCACAAAGCUAGUAUCUUGAAUUUCUUGAAAUAGUUGUGGUUGGCCAGAUUUGGCCUGUGGGCCUCGAUUUUGACACAUGUGCCUUAGAUGGUGUCUUUCUUGUUGAAAACCACAGCACUUGUACUGGAUUAUUUCACACACUGCUUAGAUUUUUGAAAGGAAGCAUUAGAUUAUGUAUUAAAUGAAUCAACUGUACAUGUCGUUGACGUAUUCAUUGUGCAUGGAGGUAGAAAUAAAACUCCUAUAAAUUUA